ACGAGCUUUGCCUUUUGCCUUUGUCUUCUCUCUUCUCUUCUCCGCGUUCUUCCGUCUCCCGCCCGGCGCCCUUCCGAUCCCCUAUAAAAGCACUCCCACGACGACGAAUCCAUCCAGCCACCCAUCAACCUAGCAACCCAAGAAACAACAAUACAGCAAGAAUCAUCAUCAAGAAACAAGAAGAAGGCCACCCGUCUUCUUCCUCUGCUCGAUCGCUCCUCCCCUACGCUGCGCGUGCGUCGGCGGUAGCGGGGAGGCCGGCCAGCGCCGACCGACCGAUCCCGCCAUGGUCGUCAACAACACCAAGGUGGACAUGCCGCCGGCGGCGGAGCACCACCGGGCGAUCAACAUGCCGGCGAUGGGGGUUGAGCGGCACAAGGUGUCGGCGCCGGAGCGGAGGACGACGUGCCAGGCGCUGCGGCAGCGGCUGGCGGAGGUCUUCUUCCCCGACGACCCGCUGCACCGCUUCAAGAACCAGCCGCCGGGCAAGAAGCUCGUCCUCGCCCUGCAGUACUUCUUCCCCAUCUUCGACUGGGGAUCCCAAUACAGCCUCCGCCUCCUCCGCUCCGACGCCGUCGCCGGGCUCACCAUUGCCAGCCUCGCCAUCCCACAGGGGAUCAGCUACGCCAAGCUCGCCAACCUGCCUCCAAUCAUCGGCCUCUACUCGAGCUUCGUGCCGCCGCUGAUCUACGCGCUGCUGGGGAGCUCGCGGGACCUGGCGGUUGGCCCGGUAUCCAUCGCGUCGCUGGUGAUGGGGUCCAUGCUCCGGGAGGCGGUGGCGCCGGAGCAGCAGCCCAUCGUGUACCUGCAGCUGGCCUUCACGGCCACCUUCUUCGCGGGCCUCUUCCAGGCUUCUCUCGGCUUCCUCCGCCUCGGCUUCAUGGUCGACUUCUUGUCGAAAGCCACGCUGACGGGGUUCAUGGGCGGCGCCGCCGUCAUCGUCUCCCUGCAGCAGCUCAAGGGCCUCCUGGGGAUCGUCCACUUCACGACCCACAUGGGCUUCGUCGACGUCAUGGCCUCCGUCGUGAAGCGGCACGCCGAGUGGGAGUGGCAGACCAUCGUCAUGGGCGUCGCCUUCCUCGCCGUCCUCCUCGGCACACGGCAGAUCAGCGCGAGAAAUCCUCGGCUGUUCUGGGUGUCAGCGGCUGCUCCCCUGUCGUCGGUGAUCAUCUCCACCGUCAUCUCCUACCUCUGCAGAGGCCACGCCAUCAGCAUCAUCGGCGACCUCCCUCGAGGCGUGAACCCUCCUUCGAUGAACAUGCUGGCCUUCAGCGGCCCCUUCGUCGCCCUCUCCAUGAAGACCGGCAUCAUGACCGGCAUCCUCUCCCUCACCGAGGGGAUCGCGGUGGGGCGGACGUUCGCGUCGAUCAACAACUACGCCGUCGACGGGAACAAGGAGAUGAUGGCGAUCGGGGUGAUGAACAUGGCGGGGUCCUGCGCCUCCUGCUACGUCACCACGGGCUCCUUCUCCCGCUCCGCCGUCAACUACAGCGCCGGCUGCAAGACGGCCGUCUCCAACAUCGUCAUGGCGGCCGCCGUGCUCGUCACGCUCCUCUUCCUCAUGCCGCUCUUCCACUACACCCCCAACGUGAUCCUCUCCGCCAUCAUCAUCACCGCCGUGGUGGGGCUCAUCGACGUCCGCGGCGCCGCCAGGCUAUGGAAGGUGGACAAGCUCGACUUCAUGGCGUGCCUGGCGGCGUUCCUCGGCGUCCUCCUGGUGUCCGUCCAGGUCGGCCUCGCCGUCGCCGUCGGGAUCUCGCUCUUCAAGGUGCUCCUCCAGGUGACCCGGCCCAACACGGUCAUCAUGGGCCGGAUCCCGGGGACCCAGAGCUUCCGGAACAUGGCGCAGUACAAGGACGCCGUCAAGGUCCCGUCUUUCCUCGUCGUCGGCGUCGAAUCGGCCAUCUACUUCGCGAAUUCGACCUACCUGGUGGAGCGGAUCAUGAGGUAUCUGAGGGAGGAGGAAGAAGAAGGGGGGCAGGGGGUGAAGUGCGUGGUGCUGGACAUGGGCGCCGUGGCGGCGAUCGACACGAGCGGGCUGGACGCGCUGGCGGAGCUCAAGAGGGUGCUGGACAAGAGGGCCGUCGAGCUCGUGCUGGCCAACCCCGUGGCGUCGGUGACGGAGAGGAUGUAUAGCUCCGUCGUCGGGGAGACUUUUGGGUCGGAUCGCAUCUUCUUUAGCGUCGCCGAGGCCGUCGCCGCCGCGCCGCACAAGACCACGAUGCCCUGACGGAUUGUUGACGUCUUCUAUCAAGGAGUAUAAUAGAUAGAACAGAGGAGGAAGAAGCAGAAGCUUGAUUAGAAGAAGGGGAGUAGAAGAAGAAUUAAGGGGCAGGCAGGCAGUCUGUUGUUGUGGUAGAAAGCAAGAAUGAAUAACUGGUCGAUCGAUCGAUUGAUCUCUUCUCCUUCGGGCGAGAAGAGGUGUUUUGGAGGAUGAUGGAAUUGUUGUUGUUGUACUAGUACUACUGAUACUGAUCAGCAAGCAUGUAAGCAUGAAGCAGUUGUUGUAGAUGCAAGUUGCUUCCGAGGUAUAAUCAAAUUGGUUUCAUAGUCCA